GGGGUCGCGGAGGCCGGGAGACAAAAGGAAAACUGCCACUGUUCGUCGUGCCGGAUCGGAGCAGCGUGCUCAACCGUCUCCCGCCCGGCUCAGCGAUCCUCCUUCCCCCACCCUCAGCUGCUGCUCCGCCUCCCUUCCCGCGGACUGUCCCCGCAGUGCUCCGGGACCCGAGAAGCCUUCGGGGCGCGCGUAGCUGCUGGUGGUUGGGGCUCUAGCGAUAAUAAAUGAUAGAGGAUACAAUGACUUUGCUGUCUCUGCUGGGUCGCAUCAUGCGCUACUUCUUGCUGAGACCCGAGACGCUCUUCCUGUUGUGUAUCAGCUUGGCGCUGUGGAGUUACUUCUUCCACACCGACGAGGUGAAGACCAUCGUCAAGUCUAGCCGGGACGCUGUGAAGAUGGUGAAGGGCAAGGUCGCCGAGAUCAUGCAGAAUGAUCGGCUCGGGGGCCUCGACGUCCUGGAGGCCGAGUUUUCCAAGACCUGGGAGUUCAAGAGCCACAACGUGGCCGUGUAUUCCAUCCAGGGCCGCAGAGACCACAUGGAGGACCGAUUCGAAGUUCUUACGGACCUAGCUAACAAGACGCACCCGUCCAUCUUCGGUAUCUUCGACGGACACGGAGGCGAGACUGCGGCUGAAUAUGUAAAAUCUCGACUCCCCGAGGCCCUCAAACAGCAUCUGCAGGACUACGAGAAAGACAAAGAAAACAGUGUAUUGUCUUACCAGACAAUCCUCGAACAGCAGAUCCUAUCAAUUGACCGAGAGAUGCUGGAAAAAUUGACUGUGUCUUAUGAUGAAGCAGGUACCACGUGCUUGAUUGCUCUGCUAUCAGAUAAAGACCUCACCGUGGCCAAUGUGGGUGACUCCCGUGGGGUCCUCUGUGACAAGGACGGGAACGCCAUUCCUUUGUCUCAUGAUCAUAAGCCGUACCAGCUGAAGGAAAGAAAGAGGAUAAAGAGAGCUGGUGGUUUCAUCAGUUUCAAUGGCUCCUGGAGGGUCCAGGGAAUCCUGGCCAUGUCUCGAUCCCUGGGGGAUUAUCCACUGAAAAAUCUGAACGUGGUCAUCCCAGACCCAGAUAUCCUGACCUUUGACCUGGACAAGCUCCAGCCCGAGUUCAUGAUCUUGGCAUCCGAUGGCCUCUGGGAUGCUUUCAGCAAUGAAGAAGCUGUUCGAUUCAUCAAGGAGCGCUUGGAUGAACCUCACUUUGGGGCCAAGAGCAUAGUUUUACAGUCAUUUUACAGAGGCUGCCCCGACAAUAUAACGGUCAUGGUGGUGAAGUUCAGGAAUAGCAGCAAAACAGAAGAGCAGUGAACCCUUUGGGGUCUCCACUGCCUUAGACUAAGGGACUUUAGACACACUCGUCUCUUUUAAUGUAGUGAAAGAAGUGGGAAUUACGGUUAGGAUCAUCAUCCCAGACGUGGGAUUCCCCCUCCCUGGCCAUUGUAAGUCUCUACUCAGUGAUGACGAACAGAGGUGCUCUUGGCCGACGUAGUUGAGAGGCUGGAAGAGGUUUCUUCAUGUUCUCCAAUUCUUUCAUCCAAUGUCCAAAAUAUAUAAAUACAUAGCUGUAGACUCACAUGUAUGAAGUGAAUGGCAUAUGUGCGAUAUAGUCUCCCUCAUAAGAUUCUUUUCAAGACCCCUCCCAGGGCCUCCCAGGCCUCAGACUGUGUGUCCUCUUUGGAGUAGUGAGCAGGGCAGGCCUCCCAGAGCCGCAGGAGACGGGCCACAGUGUCGCCUGUGAGCCAGGGUGGCAGGGCCCUUUGCUGAAGGCCGAGCUGCCCUGAGGAUGCCUUGUCCUCCGGAGCCCAGGUUUUCAGCUCGGCUCUGCCCAGAAGUGGAUUUAGAAGGGUUUGCUACUCCACGGCUGCUCAAGGAGACUGAGGGGAGUGGGAGGUAGAGGCGGCCUGCACGGCAGAAACACCCUUUUUCCCCUCACUCCCUUCAUUAGUUAAAUAGACUUUGUGUACCACCUGACCAGUCUUUGUGCGUUUAUCCUAAUUGUGCAUGACCUUAACCUUUUGCUUACGUCCUUAAGUAAUAGGCAGCUGUUAAACUUCACAACCAGACACCGUGAUUUUUUUUUGUCUUACAUUGCCAAGAAACCUAUUAGGGGAAGUCAAAAAAUCAAAUCAUAAUAUCAUAAUUCCUUCCAUCUUUAAGGAUAGAUAGAGGAAAAUAAUGGCUAAGUCACUGUCUCCCUUGAGGAGUCUGUUGUUUGCAUUGGGAGAGGAAGCUGGUGAGGUUCCCACCCUGACCUACACUCCAGCUGCCAGUUUUUAUGCUUUUUGUCCCUCCCCCCCCACCACCCUGUGCUCCUGUUCUAGUAGCUUUCAAGUGAGUGUUCCAAGAAGCAGCAGCCUAGAACUGCAGGUGUGUUCCUUGAAGCUCAGUACGGAGUUCCCAGCCACGCUCUGGAAUUUGGUGGUCUGCUGGUACGUGCUUCUCUGUGGUGGUGGAAAGCAGUAGCUCUUAAUGUUUGGCUGCAAACCCCUGUCCCAGCGGGUGGCUUUCCCCAGGCAAACCAUCUGGUGACAACAAAGCUGUUUGGGAAUCCCAGCUCAGACUUGUACUGUUAAUCUGCCCAGAGUUAUUUUGGGGCCAGGUUUGCUGCUUUGAGCUUCCUAUUACCAAAGUCACAUUUCUAAUCUCAGUAUUUUAUAAGUCAGUCGACAGAAAAUGCUCAGUCAUCCUGUUCGCCUGACCAUGGUGACUCAAACAGCCAGACAGGACUUUCGUUGCGUUCCCGCACCCCGGUGUCUGAAGUACCGGGGGAUCCACCUGGUUCUGUCUUUCGAGUCUGCACUUGUCUUUCCAGCUCCUCGAAGGCCCCGUUCACUGGCACCUCCUGCCCUUGGGGCCCUCCCCUGCCUUCCUCCAGCGGUGGAGCUUUUCUGAAGCAGAUUCCAGAGAACCUGGGGGGUUGGAAAGGUUCCCUUCUGGUGACCGAGGGCUGCCAUCUCCCUUGAGUCCUCCAAGCACUUGCCUUUCUUUGACUAGGAGGAUCAGUAAUGUUUUCCCAGAGAUUUGCUUACUUUUGUAAACUGUAACAUUAGAAUUAUAACCUCGAAUUUUUUUUUUAGCUAUAGAAUGUUCUAGUACAAAAUAUCUACCACCAUUUAGAGGGAGGGAUUUGCCUAUUAAGAGACACAGAACAACUGGAUGUGGGUGUUUGGGCCGGGAGUCAGAGGGGGUGUGGGAGAUGGGCUGACCGUCGUCAGUGACUGGACAGUCAGGCAGGUGGCGGGAGGGUCAGGCCAGGUGGUGGGGUUUGCCUGGAGACGCAGGGUGUUCUGACUCUGGAGAGUGACUGAAGCCCACCAUCUAACUCGAGUUCAGGAAUAAGCAAUUUCUUCCUUUUUAUGGCGACUGUCAAUUUCCCUUUUUUAUUUUUAACUUAACCCCCAAAUUCAUAGUCACACGAAAAAGACAUGUUUAAAUGCCGUGGUCUUUGUGAUUGUCUAAGGUGAAAACAGUGUUGUUGGGUGGAGAUGAGACAGGAAGGCUGCAGAGUCGGUAAACCAGGGUGCAUGGGCCCUGCCGAGUGUCUCGGCCGCUGGUGCCGAGGGCCGCGGGGCAUGACCUCCCCUCUCACUGAGGUUCCCAGGGUGUUUUCCGAAUUUUGCUUUGUAGGAUGAAUUCACUUCUGACCUGAACCAAGUAGUAUGUGUAUUUCCUGUUCCCUUUCUGCCAUUGUCCUCUCCUUUUGGCUUGUAGGUUUUUAAAAGAUAGAAGUUCCAGGCAAAAUAGCAGCAGUUCAAUUAAUACCUGUUUUUACUAUCAGAAUAUUUUGCUUCCUCCCCUGUCUCAGAGCUCUCCCCCCCAGACCCUCCUCCGGCUGUUGGGGGUCUGCAGACAUCACCCUCGGGUGCCUUGUGGCUCACAGCUGCUCCCAUUUUCUAGGGACAGGGAAGGGGGCAUCUAGCUAUUAGGGAAGUUGAUUUGAGAAGUUUGCAUGUGAAGCUUCCCUAAAUAGCACUGCCAAAGCCCUGGAUGCCCCGAGGCUGCCCAGACUUCUGUAGCCCGAGUUCGCCUUGCCAAUAGCCCCCAUGGUGCCAAAUUAGGGAUGAUUUUAUAGUCUUUUAGAAAUGAAGCUGGGAAUGAAUGACCACAUGUUUAUGAGCCCCCAGCAGGACGCCAGGCCCAGGGUCUCCUCGGUGCGCUCUGCCCUGCCACACCGCUCUGCUGGUCCAGUCCUUAAUGGGGAUUGCGAUUUGGGUGAUGGUGUGGAGGGUGAAGACAGGGAAAUUUUUUUUUAAUUCAUCGUAUUUCCAAUUCUCUAAUCAAAGGAGUAAACAAUACUUACACAGAAAACUUUAAAGCUAGUUCCCAAGACCUGCAUUGAUUUUAUGGGACCAAUUAGUCCAAGGCACUUAACUCUGAAGUCGCUGCUCUAAUACACGUAUGUACACAUUGCUGGUUACAAGUGGCCACAUGCUCUUCCUGCAUUAGAUCAAAGAUGCUGUCCUCUUGAAUCUUGUCUAUAAUCUCUUGUAAUGAGAGAAUCACAGAGAGCGUUUUAUAGCGUGAAGGAGCACAUGCAAUCUGGAUCAUUUAAAACAGGCCUUACUUCAUACACCUGGAAUGAUGUCAGCUCACGUACUUUUUGUGCAAGCAGGAUUGUAUGAGAGUGGGGACAUCAUUGUUUUAAUCCUACCUAAAGUAAUUUUAGGAAAUUGGUUACACUGUUGAAUUGGAUCACUGGAUAUCUGGCAAUAGAUGAAGGAUUCACAAAGGCAGCAGUCACUUUUUUCUUUGCCAGGUAGAUGCCUCGAUUUUCUUCCCAAGUUGUUGCCAGAUCAAACUUUCUUGCAACUAUGUCAAUGCAAAAGGUUUAGAAAGGGCAACAUUUCAUUGUGCACUUGAAAAUAUAGCAAUACAUACUCUGGAUGAGACAUUAUUUCCAAUGAUUUUGGAAAUUUUUUCUUCCUUUUAACCCAUCAUUAGACUGAUCUUCCCUUAAUAUCCCCCCAAAUCGCCUUAGCUCAUCACACCAGCAUUCCUAACCCAGAGAUGACAUGACUGUUAGAUACACACUGGGGCCUAUUUACUACCUGGGGUGAAACCACUGACAUCUAGACCUUGGAGCUAGUCAGCUGCACACUACAGGAGAAGUGGGAUCCCGGCGUUUCCCAAAGUGAGUUCCACAGAACACACGUUCCAAGGAUGCUCUCCUAUGUAUAGGGUUUCAGGAUCAAAGAGGUUUGGAAAACACGCUGUCUUAGAAAGUUAGCACAUGUAUAUGCCCAUCAAAGCUUCUAAUGUAAAUGGUGGGGGGAGGGGCACACCACAGAUGUCAUUUUAGUUAGCUUGGUGGUUUCUGGAGUCAUUUGACCACAGAAACGUUUUUUAAGUCAUGCUUAAUAACAUCCCAAGGAGUUCAUGUUCCAUAGGACCCACUCUGAGAAAUUUUGAUAUAUGUACAUAUUAGUGUUUUCUCAUUCACUUUGACUCUUUGUAAUUGGGAUAUAAUUUGCAAUUUGGAGGCACUAGUCCUGUCGAGUAAGAGCCUGACCUGUUCAGGGAAGAGGCAUUAAGAAAGAGGAUCGUGUAAUGUGGUUAGCAGCAGCCUCCCCUGGGUAGCAGGCGCCCAGCCAUCCUACCUGAAGCGCUAACCGUCCUCUCCCUACUUUGGUGUGGGGGGUAAGCAGGAGCCUUGCCGACCUGGGGAUUCCUCGGAUUCGUUCCAAGAGCUUUCCGUUGUUGCUGUUUUAACUUCUCUUUGCCAUCCAGACUGAAUCAUGGUAAAUAUUUUUACAUUACAUCACAUCACUACGUGGGAGUAAAAAAUACUAAAAAUAAUAGAAAAUGAGGAAAAAGUUAUAAACUAUUAACAUUUAUUUACUCUUCCCUCUGUCCUUCAGUCCAGGUUCAAUGAAAUAAUUUUAAAUCCACCAAAGCUCAUUUGUUCUAAAACCCCGGCCCCAUGCUGUCCCACCGUUCACAAUGUUAUAUGUACAACUAGGUUUGUCAGGUUACCUCUCACCUAAAAGGUCAGGCUUAUUGUCACUCUCAACUUGGACAAUGGGUUUGAGAAACUCUGAAGGAUAAUCCCAAAAGAACAGAGGAGACCAAGCUAGUUGAAAACGUGAUACAAAGGGAAUUUAGGGUGAAGUCAUUAAUUAAAAUCACAUCUAAUAUUUGGGAAUACACCCGCCCUCUAGAUGUCCAAAUUCUGUUUCCUAGUGUUAAGCUGAAACCUGUUUAACCAAGAGUUGAUUACAAUAAUAUUUAUGUGUUUAGUAAUAACCACAUCAUCAUGUGUACAAUCACUUGAACAAGUGCAAGUUAAGGACUCUGAAGAGAGCAUGUCACUGUUCGGUUCAUAAAUCAUCAUAGGCAUUGUCACAAUUUAAAACCCCACCCAAAAGCAGCAAGCAGCAAAGGUAUAGAUUAUUAGAGGUGUGGUUCCAUUUGUUCUAGAAGCUCUAAAUAUACCUUGGCCUCUGACAUUUGCCAAAUCCAAAUUAAUGUCAAAAACCUCCAGAACCCAGAGUCCCGAGCUCUGAGCAAAGCAGCUUACUGUACAGGCUUGGUGGCAGAUUGCGGUGGGGGCCAGUUAGGGAGCAGGACAAUCCUCCUGGGCUACCAGCUGCCUCUGUAGGAGAGGGACUGUGUACCCGUCACCUUUCGUCAUGAGGAAAUCCACAGGCUAAAGGUGAUGUCAUGCAUCAUUGUCUCAGCAGAUUUGUAGAUUAGUCAGGUAAUGCAUAGUUUAAAAUGAGUUGAUGCAAAAGCAAAGGUAUUGGGAAAAAACCUUUAGAAUACCCAGAUAUUAAAAAUGUGAGAAGUGGAUUAUUUAAAAUUUGGAUUAUCAGAGUUUUACUAUUCACAGGUUAUAUUUAAUAGUGAAUUUUGACACCAGCACAUAGAUUAGUAGAAGGCAGUUGUUCCCAUUGGCACCUGUUCAAAUGCAAGUCUUCCCAUUUACCGCGUUGGCCACUGCUUUGCUGGCAUGUUAAUGAAGACAGAAUCUCAUGCUCCUUCUGAUCAGGCUGAUGGCACAGUCAGACUCACAUUUAAG